UCCGAGUAGGAGUCGAUGUUUAUUUCAUGCAUAUCGUUUAGCGGCGCGUUACUGUGAUAUAAGUGGUUUUAGAAAUGGAUCCUCCUGAUGAACAUUUACAGUGGAAAGGAACUGAAGAAUCUUUCAUAAAAACAUUCAAUGUAUUUCUUCGGAAAUCCGGGCAAGUCUGCCACAUUAUCAAAUCACUGCGAUCCCAUCUUCCAUYGACGUUGAAAUACAUCCUUGAUGAGCCAAAUCCCCACGAUGGUAUCAACAUUUUAAGCAUUGGUAGUGGAGACGGAGACAUGGAUAUAGAAAUACUGAAGAUUGUCAAUGAAGAGAUGCAAAGAACUCGUCCAGGUCAUGCAGUCAAAAUGUUCAACCGAGCUGUAGAACCACAAGUGCACGCCUUGAACCAGUACAAGAAUACAGUAGCCACACGYCUACCRAAGGAAUUAAGCAAUGCAUCAGUAGUGUUCGAUAUCGACCAGCCUAAAACAUUUGAAGAGUACGUGGCAGAUUUCAAAGAGACUGUGGAGUUUGAUAUCAUUCAUUUUAUUCACUCUAUUUACUACACUGAUAUAGAAAAAGCUCUCAAACACUGCUACGAGAAAGGAUUGGGCAAUCGAGGUGCCAUAGUUUUGCUUUUGGCUGGAAAAGAUGAUACUUAUGAGGUUAUAAGGAAACGCACGACGUGUGGAAUUAGUCAUUUUGGUAGUGAUAUCGUUGAAAUUGUACGACAAAAUGGCUGGCGUCACGAGGUUUAUCCCAAAGAAUCUUCCAUAGAUGUAACCGAGGUAUUCGACGAAGAAUCGAUCGAAGGAAACUUGCUGCUUGAUUUCUAUGCACAUUCACAAGACUUUCGCUUGAAUGGUGAUCCUGAAAAAGUGAAAAUAACCCUGGAUUGCAUGAAAGAAAUGUCGACCUUUGAGGAUGGAAAGUUUUUGGCAAAGAUUCGUGAUGAAGUACAUAUCAUUUUCAAGUAAUUUUAUAUCCAAUUGAUGUUCAGUCUCAGCGUUUUCAUUUGUUUUUGUGUUUAUAUUGUUUUUUUUUAGCGUUCAUUAGAUUUGGCAUAUAUAAUUACUAAUUAAAAAGAAUAUUACAAAUCUGUAAACUAUUUUAUAGUUAUUUAAACAAAAUGUGAUGGUUUGUUUGUGAAACUCAACACGACAGCUACACGGCGAGUGUGACUAAAUAAAGGUCAUGGAUCGUGAGUCGUGGUUAGUGUUUCGUGUGUACCAAACGUUCUAGUACUCAAAAUCAAUCAUAAAAUACAUAGAAGUACAUGGAAAUAAUUAAAUACUCUAAAGAUACAUUAACUUAAAGCAAACGAUGUAUUUCUCGUUUCACGGUUAUCGUGCUUUCAAUUAAUAAAUAUCCAAAUAUCCCCGAGUGGGUGUCGA